ACAGAGUGUACAGAUAUAGAAAUCCACCAGGCAGCGGCCCGAGCCGAUGUUUGACUGCGGACUGACUGCGUGAGCACUCUAUCUCCCGGUCCAUCUCGCGCCUGGAUACACCGCUUCCCGCGCUCCGAAGACGAUAGGAAUAAAGCCAAUUCCUUGUGAGAGGAUAUAGGAAUUAAUGAAAUAACGACUACCCCACAGAAAGGCAAAAGGCCGUGAAGUUGUAUGUGAUGUAAUUGUGGAGCGGUCUGUGCGCAGCAGGCAAAUUACUUCCAACUUGGAUUUUAAAGAAAACACCUAUGGCAAACCGGUAGACAGUUAGACAUGAAAUUCAGCAGGUGACUUUAGUGCCCUUCUUAGUCCGUCGAGGGAGCAGUUUGGUUUGGGGAAUACAUUUUUUUCUCUAAAUGUUCGCGUGCCUUUAGUGUCGCUCUCGCUAUCUCCACUCUUCCCCGUCAUAUAUGACCGGCGCGCGCGCCUCCCCGUUUCUCCCAAGCGAGCGAAUCUGAUGAGUCCCCGUGGCCGUGUGUUGUUUCGCCGCCACACGCGCACGCGCCCGGGCUUCUCGCGCUUAGAAACAACAGCAUGUCCUCGCGCAAGAUCUCGUCGGAGUCGUUCAGCUCGAUGGGUUCGGAAUGCCUGGAGAGCCCCGGAGAUGAUGGAGACUCCUGUCCCUUUUCACGCAUCUGGAACGGCAAGAGUCCAGUAGAGAAACUCGCGUGCCCGUUCGAGGACGCUUCGGCACCGAAACGGGCAACCAGACGAAAGCGCGUUAACCUGGACUCGCUUGGGGAGAGCUUGAGGAGGUUAACGUCACCCACGACACAGAUGGUUCAGCAGUCUCUACAGAGAACCUUAGAGUUCUACAGACAGAAGGAGAUCAGGUGCAGAGAGGAUGGUAAACAAGAAAAGAAAAGUGUUAGUAUGGAGAAGUGCCCGUUGGUGGAUGAUUCUGGCUCGGGAGAAGAGGCAGACGUCUCAGGAAUGCUACAGUACAUGGCUACACUGCAGGGUGUACGGUUCUGUGAGUUGCGGGAGCGUUUCGGCGAAGAGUUUUUUGGUCUUUGUUUCGAGGAGAAUGAGCGGGUUCUAAGAGCAGUGGGAGGGAACCUGCAGGACUUUUUCAACGGUUUCGAUGCAAUCUUAGAACACAUCAGAACCUCCACUGGACGCCGCGCCUCCUCUGAAAGCCCAUCCUUUCAAUGCAAAGACCCUCACGAGGAAGAGAGAGGGAGAGGAGGAGGAAGUGAGAGGGUGGGAGGAAAGCUUCUCCUCCUUCACUGUUUUAACCCCGCCCCUGUUGUGGGAUUGGCUAUGCCUGGCCUGAUCCGUGCUGUCGCACGCAGAAUCUUCCACUCCCACGUUGUGGUGAAGGAAGCCCCUCCUCUAGCACCUUCGUUGCCCAAUGAGGACCCCGAACUCUCAGGCAGAGACUCCACCCAUUCUCCUACUCCCUCCCCUUCCUCGUCCCCCUCAGCCCCCUCCCCCUCUGCCCCAGUCUGCCUCUCCUUCCUCAUUAGGGAAUCAUCCCCCUCCCCUCCCUCCAUUCCUCCCUCUAUUCCUCCCUCCUCCGGCCUUCCUUCAGAGCCCUCCAAGCGGAGCCUCCCUCCCCUCUCCUUGUCCCCAUCAGACCUGCGGAUCGGUCCGGCUACAUUCUGCAGGGCCUUCCCCUUCCACCUGGUACUGGGCCCCAGCAUGGAGCUACUGCAGCUAGGGGAGGGUUUAAGAAGGCAGGCACGGAUCGAGCUCCACCGGACCCUCUCUUUCAGGGACUGCUUUGAGAUCAUCUCUCCCAGGAUCCAGCCCACCUUCCAGGCCAUACUACUGCGCUUGGCCUCUCCCUUCACCAUCCGCACCCGGCCAGACUACUCUCAGUCAGGAACCAAAGAGAAGGUGAUGGAGGUGAAAGGUCAGAUGAUCCACGUCCCAGAAUCCUCUACUCUGAUGUUCCUUGGUUCCCCCCGGGUGGACAAGCUGGAGGAGCUUAUGGGCAGGGGCCUCUACCUGUCAGACAUCCCCAUCCACGAUGCCACCCGUGAUGUCAUCCUGGUGGGACAGCAGGCCAAGGCCCAGGACGGCCUCAAGAUCAGGAUGGAUAAACUAAAGGCCACGCUAGAAAAGACACACCAAGCUCUCGAAGAGGAGAAGAGGAGGACCGUGGACCUUCUCUACUCCAUCUUUCCCGGGGACGUGGCGCAGAAGCUGUGGCAGGGCGAGUCGGUUCCCGCCAGGAAGUUUGACGACGUCACCAUGCUCUUUUCAGACAUUGUGGGCUUCACGGCCGUGUGCGCCCACUGUACCCCCAUGCAAGUCAUCAGCAUGCUCAACGAGCUGUACACGCGUUUCGACUACCAGUGUGGAAUCCUGGACGUCUAUAAGAUUGAGACAAUAGGUGAUGCCUACUGCGUGGCGGGUGGCCUCCAUCGGAAGAUUGACAGCCACGCCAAGCCAAUUGCACUCAUGGCUCUGAAGAUGAUGGAGCUGUCAGAGGAGGUCUUAACCCCAGACGGCAAACCCAUCAAGCUUCGUAUAGGAAUCCAUACAGGCUCAGUCUUGGCGGGGGUGGUCGGAGUGAGGAUGCCUAGGUAUUGUCUGUUUGGCAACAACGUCACACUGGCCAGCAAGUUUGAGUCUGGAAGCCACCCUCGGUGCAUCAACGUCAGCCCAACCACAUACCAGCUGCUGAAAGAUGAUUGCGCCUUCUCUUUCAUCCCUCGAUCCCGCUUGGAGCUUCCUGAUAAUUUUCCAAAAGAGAUCCCAGGAACUUGCUACUUCCUGGAGGGAGGGACUUCCCAUAGCCACGCCUCACUGACCAGCUCUCGCUCUGCCCCCCCUGCUCCCCUGAGGAAAGUGUCCUACAGCAUCGGUACCAUGUUCCUGAGAGAAACAAGUUUAUAGGCAGACACACACACAAGCACGCACACGCACACACAGCCAUCUACACGCACACACAGCCAUCUACACGCACACACAGCCAUCAACACACAUACACAGCCAUCAACACAUUCACUAAUUUAACCAUAUUGCCAACGAACCAUGUUAAAAUGGGAGACAAUCUUAUUGGGAUAACAAUGUCCUCCUAAACCAGGAGCCAGUCCUCUCCAUCUGAAACAGAAACUGUCGUUUUCUGUAUCUCUACAACCUGUUGUUAGUAAACCAGCCUUUACCCUUCAACGGAACCAGGCUUUGGAGGUUAAGAGGACUGCACAACGAGACAAGAAAGCUGAGAGAAAUAUCAGAAGCAUCUUAGAGACAAAAAAUUGCUUUCUGCUUGUAGAACACAGUAUACUGUCUCCAUGGAUACCCCAGCUGUCUGUCAGACUGGUCAUGGUGGGUCCUUUGUUAUUAUCAACAACGCUUACUCAGUGCCUUCUUCACUAGAACACCACAUCCGCACUCCAAUGCUCAACAUGGGAGCUAGCUGAAGACGUGGGGGAACGGAACAGGCUCUGCAGCUUUGAUUCGCGCCACAGAGGGGUGUAAUGAAUGACCAUUGGAAACCUAUCAGAGUUUUGGAAAUCAUUUAGUUUUCUCAUUUCUUUUUUUACUAUCUAGCACCUGAACUACUGAGGUGUUUUGAUAUUUUUUCUUUCAGUUAGCCGAAUGCCUCCACUUCUCCCUGCCCAUUUGUCAAUAUUCAACCACAGACAUGAGAAAACAGCAGUCCCCCAUUCAUCGGCCAACACCAGCGUCAUGCAUUCAUGUUUCCAUAGAUUUAGGCAAAAGGAAGCGGCAGAGGGAGAAAUAGCGGCGAUGCACAUUUUUUAUCAACUUUUUAUCUUCUUUGCUCAAUUGAAUUUACAGCUGCCAUUUUUUGUGUCAUUCUUUGUUUUUAACUAAAAAAAUCUAUAUUUUCUCACCAUUAUGAACACCAUUUCUCUCUCUGUAACAUGUGCGCAC